UCGCUUCUGUUGCAGGUAACUCAAAUUAUUUUAUAAUCUUCACUGGAUCUGCUGUGCUAUCCCGAGUGAAAACAAGGGAGCAGCCGAAGGGACUUACUUUAUGUACACUCUUCGCCUCUGUUGUAGGUCAUUCAUCCUGCGAGGGAGGCGUCAUGUCAUCUCCAGCUGGACGUCAGUAUUCACCAGCAGACGUCGUGGCCCAGUGGCUGCCCAGUAGGUCCAGAGCCGGUGUUAUCCUCAGCCCCUGCCCAGAUCUGGCCAGAUCUCUCUAUGAUAGCUACGAAGUGGGAUCCUUGCCCCAGGAGCCAGAUGAUUCUUCUGUUUCAAACUUUGCUCCUCUGCCUGCUUCUGCAGACAGCAGCUGUGUAAGUGUGAAAGGAACUGGGAGAGAGACACCUUUGACUGACAGGCCAGUGGACUGUCCGUAUUCUGCGGAAAUGGACGAUGUAGAGGUGCUGACAAGAACAUCACAGGAUCUUCCACUGAUGAUAAAACUGGAACAGUUAAGGAAGUGGCAGCAGAACAUGAAGGACCAGCUAAAAGCCCAUCAGUUAGAAGAGCUUAUUCACCUUCAAAAAGAGCAGCAGAGGCUCCUGGGAAUGAGGAAUGAAUCUCAGCACUGUCCAGGAGAGACUUCAGACGGGUCAGAAAUACAAUUAGAAAAAGAAGAGGAUGUUCUCCCGGUGGACUCGCUUGUGAUAAACUCUUCUGAUCAAAAGAAUCAAGAGCUGCCACUGGCAGAGAGAGAGAACCAGCUACAGAGAGCAGGCAUGCCACACUCGAUAGAUCAUCAGCAGAACCCUGAUACUCCCCAUUUUUUGGAGCAGGACACCACAGUCAUACCCCAUAAUGAUGUUGCUUUAAUGAAAGAAAACACUACAAAAGAAGACAAAAUCUUUUAUGACAGGCCUAUAAAACCUGGUAUUAGGGGUCACAAGCAAACUUUUGAGGAGCUGUUGGAGGAGCAACUGAGACUAGAGGAACAGAGGCUGAAGUCCAAGCAGAGCCAAGAGGGUGCUAAUACUUUGGCCGUCCCUCCAAAAAGGGCCUUUCUGAAGAGAGGUGAAGGUCUUUCUAGAUUUUCCAACAAAACCUCUUUGUCAGCAAAGGAGGUGACAAAAGACUUCAAACUACAACCACAGGAGACAGUCAUCUCCCGCAGCAGAUCAGAGCCCUCAUCUGUCCAAAAAGGGAGCACAAACCGUAUCCAGCGGCCUCCCGUCCAGCGCAAAACUGCCACACUCUGUAAAGAAAACCGAUCAAAAGGUCCCAGUUCGUCACCUCAGGAUGUCAGACUUAACAGUAAGACAGCACGUCUAAAGGUUUUGGGUAGCCAUCAGAGCCACAACACAGAAGGAAAUAGCAAACAUCAACUGCACCAGUCAGGCCAAAUAAAGGAGGGUAAUGAUAAGGAAGUCCACCUGUCAGCUCAGACUGUGAGGAAGACUGUGCUGCUGGGCCCUGUCUCAAAGGUGGACAUGCUUGGAAGCAAAAAUAAUGGCACUCAAGAAGAAGUCAGUAGUUCCAGAUUGGACUCAACAGAAGCAAGAGCAGGGUCAGAAACGACUGGUGAACCAGGAGGAGAUGGAGUUGCACAACAUUCUUUUGAAUUGUCGUUUCAAGAGAUGCUCCGGUGCUGGGAAAGAGACAGCCAGAAGGAAAACAUGGAACUGGGAGAGUUCGAGAUGUUGGAGCAAGCAGCAGAAGAAUUGUCCUUCUCCUCCACCUCCUCCUUUGUCAUGAAGAUUCUUCAGAGGGACCAGCUUAACCAACAGCUGUGGGCUGGCAGGAGACCCUAUCACCGCCGAUUAUCAUCCACUCCCAUUAAGUCACCUCCCUCAGAUCUUCAGAGUUGCAGGAAUAGUGGACAAAGUAUUGGAAGGAGUGACGGUGGGAAAUGUAAAAGCACCUCCAUGGAGUCUGAGGCAUUCAUGUCAGAGAAAAGUGGUGAUACACUGAAGGACAAAGUGAGCUGUGAGUGCGAGGAGGAAAGUAACAGUGGCAGCCAUGAUGACGACGACGCCUCUGAUAUUUCAUCCUGUGACAUCUCUGAAUUUGGAGACCAGGAAGUGGUUAUCAAACCAACUUUGUUUUCCGGUCAUCUGAGCUUCCCUGAACCUUGUAACCAACCAUAUGACAAGACACCAUACCAGGAUGAAGACAACUGCAAGGAUUUUGCUUCAGAAAAGACCAAAGAGGAGGAGAUGGAGAGUGAUGAUGUCCUCAGUGAAGACUCCACGCUCAUAGAAGACAAAGAGGGGCAACAGGGGGGAGUUCUGUUUGAUGAUGACACCACAUGGAAUGACCCGAGUGACACAACUGUCAGCUCAGCAGAUGACAGCAGAGGAGUCAGUCCCGUUUCCAAGGCAACAGACAGUGGAAUCUCACCACCAGAGUGCACUUUUUUGAGGAAAGUAGCAGUGAGCAACAAUGUAGAAGUGGACAAAAGAAAGGCCAUUGUUUCAACUAAACAGGAGUCUCCUCCCCCCUCUCAGCUCAUGGCGAGGUUGUUCCCUGCCUUAAAACCAAAGGCCCAGAACACAGCAGCUCCUCCUCCUCCUCCGGCAUCUGCUGUGCCUGAUUCCAGAAAGGCUCAGCAGGUGCAGUCCAGACAGCUGAGAGAGAAACUGAUUGAAUUGGAGAUUGAGAUUGAGCGCUUUCAGAAGCAGACCGCUGCCCUCAUCAAACUUCAACAGGAAAAUAAGAAAAAUCAGGAAACCCUCAGAAAAGAGCGUUUGGAGUUUGAGAAAAUGAAAGUAGAGGAACUGGCCAAAUUGGAAGAUUAUAAGAAUGAGAAGAACAGGAAGCUGCAGAAGGAGCGCAAAGUCUUUGAGACCUAUGCUUCAGCCGCCAGAGCCAUUCCUGACAAGCGAGAACGAGAGCAAAUCCUGACUUUGAAGCAAGAGCUGAGUUCUCUGCAGGAGGAGCUGAGGAGGAAGGAGAGCCGCUGGACCUCCACACACACUCGUCUGCGGCAACAGAUUGACUCACUCAGUCAAGAGAACAGCAGUCUGCGGGAUGAGGUGCAUAUGAUGGAAAAACUCCGCCUCAGUUCUUGGAAGAAAACCCCUGGAAUCACAGAGAAAGACAAACUUAAAAUACUGGACAACACUCAGUCAUCUGCAACCAAAGGAGUUAAAUUUGCUAAUCCACUUGAAUCCAGAAUUAACAGUCCUCCACAGAGCAACUCUGCUGCAGCCACUAGAGGUCGCUGUGGGCAAAACAGAGGCUGUCCUGCAGGGAUGAAGACCAACUUAAGGAAGCCGGCAGGGCUGGCGCCUUCCACCUCCACCACGUCUUCCUCAUCAGCGGUGGGGAGGGGAUCAGCAGUCGGAGCUGCAUCUGUUAGGGGGAUCCAGAGCAAACGGCAGAACACCGAAAUUGUCCAGAAGUCAUCUCUGAAGGGAGAUGAGCCGGAAUGCAGUGAGGCCACAGAUCCAGAAUCUGCUCUGGAUGUCAUCACACACCCUGAUGGGAAGAUAGAAAAGGUUCUGCCUGGAGGCGAACACCUCACCAUCUAUCCCAAUGGAACCAGGAAGGAGAUUUCAGCAGACGGGCUGACGACCAAAGUCACCUUCUUCAACGGUGACACUAAACAGAUCAUGGCUGACCAGAGAGUGAUUUAUUACUAUGCUCACGCACAGACGACACAUAUCACCUACCCAGAUGGCAUCGAGAUCCUCCACUUUCCUAACAGUCAGACAGAAAAAAUUUUUCCAGAUGGCCACAAAGAAAUCACCUUCCCAGACCAGACUGUGAAGAACCUGUUUCCUGAUGGCAGGGAGGAGAGCGUGCUAACAGACGGAACCAUCGUCCAGGACAACCCGGACGGCAGCAAAGAGAUCCACUUCUGUACAGGCCAGAAGGAGAUCCACACGGCUGACUAUAAGAGGAGGGAGUACCCAGACGGCACUGUGAAGACCGUCUACAACGAUGGCAGACAGGAAACUCAUUACCCCACCGGACGGAUCAGGAUCAAAGACAAAGAUGGCAACAUUAUCAAGGACAGCGGGGCUUGGUGACUGUGCCUCAAAUCUACAGUGUUCAAACAUGAGGGUUUUGGGGUUUUUUGUCAUUGCCCAAUGCCUUCAUGCUGAUGAGUCUUUAUUACCAGAUUUGAAUUGUGAUGUGUAGAUUUUUGUGUUGUGAUCUGAGCAGCUCGCUACGUUCAACUGCUAGAAGCAGUGUCUGGACGUCGUCUUUUAAAGUCAACAGCAUCAGCAACAUUUUAAGUUUGUCCUGAACUGAUGCGUUUUGUUUAAAAC